UAAAUCAUGAGAGAACGCUGAGUGGAGCGCGUACUGUUUAGGAAACUAUAUAACAACAGACAAAAAUCCUAGGAAAAAACAAAAGGAAGGGGAAGAAAAGAAAAAGAAGAAACCAAAAGCUCUCUCAGAACCCUCGUCUCACUUUCUUUUCACUCUUUCGGGUUGGAAUUUGGGCUUGAAUUCUCCGCCUCGCCCCCUCUCCGCCACCGCCGCCGCUUUAAAAGGGGAAAAUGUAACAAGCUCUAUCUGCAUUGGGUGGAUGACAAAGAUAACUGUGCGAUAUGGGAGGUUGCUGUUGUUCUUCCAGGAAACCUCAUCUGCAUGGGACGCCUGUAUAUUACUAUUGUCCACCAGCUUUGGAAGAGAAUGACUCCUUAACACCUCAUGAUGGGUCAGCCUCUGCAAUGGCUGCAGGACUCCUGGUUAAUUUGGAUCUAGAAGUACCCGACACAUUUAGGCCCCCUCCAGCACCUUUGCCAUAUGAUGUGGUCCUGGGAUGUCCACAGUCAACCGAUUCAGAGUCUUUCAGAGAAACUAUCAGUGGGGGUAGUUUUGAGACACUGCCGACGUGUGAAGAUCUUGAGGAAUCAGACUGCAAAACACAGUCUAGUUCUUUGCUUCUUUCACCAAGAAAAUCAGAAGUCUCAAAAUUAACUGAACCUAAGGAAUUAUUGACAGAGGAAGAGGAUGCCUGUCCCAUUUGUCUUGAAGAGUAUGACUCAGAGAAUCCAAAACUUAUCACAAAAUGUGAACAUCAUUUUCACCUUUCAUGCAUUUUGGAGUGGAUGGAAAGAAGUGACACCUGCCCCAUAUGCGAUCAGGAAAUGAUAUUUGACCAGACUUUUGAUCAAUAACUCUUUAUUCAAGAUGGAAUUGCUUUGUUGUCUGAGAGUAUAGCUUGCCACUCAGGGUGCUGCAGAUGCAUGUUAGUUCUUGGUUGCAGCUGGUCAGAUGGUGCCCAAAAAUUGAAUUUUACCUAAGUUUUUUAGUUAUAUAAAAGGUUGCGUGUAUUCAAGCUGUCAAUGUUUUCCUCAAUUCUUCAAGGUUACGAGAGUAAAGAAUCAAGUUGACACAAUCUGAUAACACAGCUCGGGACGUUAAUGCUCCUCUUCUGUGGUUAAAUACUUCGUUAUCAGUUGUCAGAUCAGUGGGGGAAUGAUGGUGCAAACUACAAAGUCAUUGGAGGGAUCAGAAUCAGAUGCAAUGGAGGUUUGUUUGCGAAAAAGAAUGAGCAAUUGUCAGUCUGCCUUGCUUCAUUUGAUGAUAAUCUCAGUUUUACUUGUACAGAUUUUCAUUUAUUUUUGCUUCUUUUCUCUACUUUCAAAAUUGAAUGUUGUAUGCUGCUUAUACUCGUAUUCCUUUUUGGCCCUUCCUUUUGCAGUGGUUUUGUAAAUCACAUCUGUUUUCCUAUUUAGAUGGAUUUGUGAUGGAGGAUGUUUUUCAAUGUAUCAAAAGCAAGGAAUGAUUAAUGGAAAUAUAUACCAGGUCAUAUGAAUAUAUAGAUCAAGCACUUUUGUCUUUA